UGAUAGUGUUGCAAGAAGCUAAGGAUUGGGUUCAAGAAGCGCCAGGAUCACGUGAAAGCAGGGAAUCGUUGAAACAUAGGUGCCGGAAGACCGAUGGGCAAGAAGAACAAAAAUGGUCCCCAAUCGCAAACACUGAGCAUCCCAAACAAAGAACUCAUCCAGCGCAUGAGCUUUUUGUAUCAAUCUACCGUGUACCUCGGUGCACUGUCUAAUGCGACACCCCCUACAUCCCCUUCGAAAAGACGAUCUUUUUCGAAUCUGGCAAGAAACCAGGCCAGCAUUCUCCGGAGCAUUGGAGCCAAGGCACAAAUCAGGAUGGAUCCAGCCGUCAAGAGAUCAAUGUGUAAAUCUUGUAACAGUAUCCUGAUCCCGGGUAGUACUUGUUCCACACGUAUCAAGAGUUCUCCCAUACAUGGGAAUCGACGAACCACCACAUGUCUCAAUUGUCAUACUUCCCGGUCAAUUCCAUCUCCCCCCGAACCGAGGGAUGGAAAAGAAACUGCUUCUAGUCUGAUCGGACACUCAGAAAUGCUUAAGGAGCCCAUCGUGACCGAUGCGGUAUCAGACGACGAAUUAGAGAGGUGUCGUCAGAAGCUGGAGCGUCGAAAAAGGCCGACUUCCAAGAGACCGAUCCUCAGCGAGAGAGAUGUUGGCCACAUCCGCCUUCGUGGGAACGAGGUCAUCCCAUGACACCCCUUACCAUUGGCACUCCAUUGGUGAAAUGGCGCGGUUUACUUUGCACUUGGUGUCCCAGCAGGGUUUUGAGCGAAAUACCAAGAAACUGAGUGCCGCUUCCCUAUUCCCAUGGCUCAUGUUGGACGUGUUGCUAUCGGUGUUCCAAUGCCUGGAAGUGCACAGGUUGAAUUGCUGUUGCACACCAGUGAUCCACCAUUCGACUUGGGACACGAUUGAAUACAAAUGGAAAGAAGAAUCAUAUGUAAUGUAGCUAGUGAGCAAACCCUAUGGAACAGAUUAAUUGCAGUUCUUU